AUGUCUGAACCUGAAAAACUUUACUUCUCAUACAAUCAUAUCCAUAAGCUUUGUAAAGCUUCCGCUGAUAAAAUCAAAGAUUUCAAACCAGAUAUCAUCAUCAGUAUAGGUGGUGGUGGUAAUAUUCCAUCCCGUAUUUUAAGAACUUUUUUGAAAGAAAAAGGUCAUAAAAAUAUUCCUAUUCAAGUUAUUGGUUUAAGUUUGUAUGAAAAUAUGGGUACCAGUACUGAAGAUGAUCAAAUUGGUAAAGAAGUUGUUCGUACUCAAUGGUUAGAUUUUGGUGCAUUAAAUGAACAUUUUGAUUCUUUAAUUGGUAAAAAUGUUUUAGUUGUUGAUGAAGUUGAUGAUACUAGAACCACUUUACAUUAUGCUGUUUCAGAAUUAGAAAAAGAUGUUCAUGAACAAGCUGUUAAAUUGAAUAGAUUGGAUGAAAAAACAAAUUUUGCCAUUUUCGUCUUACAUAACAAAGAUAAACCUAAAAAGGCUGAAUUACCAGCUGAUAUCAUUCAAGAUCGUUAUUAUGCUGCUAUGACUCUUCCAGAUAAAUGGUUAUGUUAUCCAUGGGAUGCUGAAGACAUUGAUGAUCAUACUGCUAAGGCUGUUGAACAAGGUUACAUCUAA